GCCCAGUUGUUUUAAGCCAACCAACUCUGUGACAUCAUCAAAGCCUCAUGUCUUCUUAUGUUGAUCUCAGUGCAGUUGGUAAGCGAAAUGGACUAGAAAUAUGGAGAAUCAAGAAUCUCAGUCUAGAACCAGUGCCAAGAAGUGAGUAUGGGCAGUUCUACACUGGUGAUGCAUACGUAUGCCUAAACACUGCCGAUCAAACCUGGAAUCUGCACGUCUGGGUAGGUGAAAGUGCAACUGCCGACGAAGUGGGAUCAGCCGGGAUGGCAGCUGCAAGGAUCGACAUUGCAUUGGGCGGUCGUGCAACACAACAUCGAGAAGUACAGAAGCACGAAUCAUCACUGUUCCUCUCUUACUUCCCCUACGGAAUUAGAUAUUUGAAAGGUGGUUAUGAUUCCGCAGUUCGCGCUGAACGCUUGCCCAGCAACCUGGAACCGCGCUUGUAUCACUGCGAAGGGAAACGAAAUGUUCGAUGUUCAGAGGUGGACUGUAAACCCGAGUCGCUAAAUCUCUGUGAUGUUUUCAUCUUAGACCUUGGUAGUGAGAUCUAUAUUUGGAUGCCUCCGGAUAGUGGCCGCCUUGAAAAAAUCAAGGGAAUGGAGAUUGCUAAACACAUGUCGGAAGAUGAACGGAAUAACAAAGCGCAUGUCAAUGUAGUAGAUUCGGACUGGAACACAAAUGAGGCGUUCUGGUCACAUUCUGGAGGUGUGCAGAAUGCGAGCCACAUUAAGAAAACUAGGGAUGUCGAGCAGCAGAGUUACUAUGAAAAACCUGUUGAUAGGAGUGCAUUGUACAGGGUAUCCGAUGCAUCUGGAAGAUUGGAAGUAACUAAAGUAGCCGAGGGUGAAAUAAAACAAAGUCAGCUAGAUUCUCAGGACGCUUUUAUUCUUGAUGCCAGAGGCGGUGUAUACGUAUGGCUUGGCAAAGGAUGCACUCCGAACGAAAGAAAGAGGGCAUUACAGUGGGGAGAAAAUUACAUCAAACAGAAGAACUUGCCACAGUGGACUCAAGUUACUUGCAUUAGGGAAGGUGAUGAGACGCCCUCGUUUACGCGAUGGUUCCCUGACUGGACCCAAGCGAGUCAAGCAAGAGAACUUUAUACACCUCGGUUGUAUCAGGUUUACGACCGCCCACCGGAUAGACUUAUUGUUGAAGAAAUUUCGAACUACACUCAAGAGAGUCUUGAUGGAGACGAUGUUAUGAUACUGGACGCCUACGACCAAAUUUAUAUAUGGAUCGGCGCGUGUGCGAGCCAACAAGAAAGAGAAGGAGCAGCGGUUAUAGCAAAGAGGUACCUUGAACAAGAAGCACCUCGACGUCGUAUCAACCCUAACGUUUUGCCGAUAGUGUAUCAGGGAAUGGAACCAGAAGCCUUUAAAGCAAAGUUCAAAAAAUGGGAUGACAACCUUUUCCGAGGCAAUGCGAGAUCUGUGGAAGGCGUCAAAAAACGCCUGUUCGAGAAAGUCUUAUAAGCCUUUACGCAUGGUUCAGGAAACGAAAUCAGUUUUGUGAAUUAGUUUUGUAGAGCACAUUGAUUCUGUAAUAAAUUUUUACUCUUCUUACAAUUACGAUUAUAAUAGAUUGUUUUUUUGCAAUGAAAC